AGGAACUAAAUGUUGAUUUCCACUAUCGGAUGUGAAAUUCUUGAUUGAAACACUGGUUUAAAACCCAGAAGAAGAGUGAGUUAAAGCUUUAAAGUAAUAGGAGAGCGUGUUUACGGAGUGUGUUACCCGAAGAGGGCGGGGUCAGGGUCGUCGGAGCGGGGCGGGCGGUACCUACCUUCGCCCAUGCCCCCUUUUGCCCUCCGCUCGCUGCCGGGGGAAGAAGUGUGAACUUGAACGCAGCCUUCACUGCUCAGUGCGAGUCCAGGCAGAGGCCAGCCAGUCUUAUCAGUCCGUCCCCCGCCGCUCGGGUUUCGGUCAACUUAUCGGAGAAGGAGCAGCUGGUUUUGGAUUGUGUGUGUUUGGGUUUUUUUGGGGGGCUUUUUUUCAUUUCUUUUUGGGUUUGUUUUGUUGCUGUUUGGGACCCAGAAAAGAGGUGCCAAACGCGGAGCGCUCGACGCGAUGUCCAGACGCAAACUUGGAAGCAGACCGCAGCACCUGAGUGCAAUUCAAGAUGUCACUGACAUGGCGAAUGGCCCAUCAGACGACCAGCCUCCUCCUGCUCCUCCGCAGGUCCGAGCUCCAGACGAGGGUCGUGACCUCCUGACCUGUGGCCAGUGCAGCCGGGCCUUCCCCCUGGCCCACAUCCUGGCCUUCAUCCAGCACAAACAGGGCGGCUGCCGCUCCCUAAGCCAAGCCCCAAACGCCAACGCCACUCCCCCAUCACCUGCCAACCAAGCACAGCAGCGCGUCGUCAACACCGAGCUGGGGCCGGGCUUCAUCGAGCUGAGGAGAGGGGCGGCCAGGGACAGAGCCUGGGGGGAGGAGUCCGGCAUGAAGGCGGGGAACAGCAAAGCAGCACCGGAGGAGCCCUCCUAUUUCACCUGCCAGCAGUGUGAAGGCGUGUUUCCAUCUGCAUGGGCGCUCUUGCAGCAUGCUCAGCACACACACUCCUUCAGCAUCUAUCAAGAGGACGAGGAGGAUGACAUUAGGGGAGGAGGAGAAGGAGGAAGAGGAGGACUUACAGAGCACAAGCCUGCUGCAGCCACUCUGGACCCUCGCCACCUGAGCCAAGCUCUCGCCUCUGCCUUUCAGCCCUCCACCCUGCGCCUCACCCGCUCCCGUCAGACACACACCACCUCUUCUUCCAGUAACCUGCAGGCUCUGAACUUCUCAGUGCGGCUCAGGGAGCUCGCCGAGGGGAAUAACGGUGCCACCGGCAGCUCACCUGGAGGCCUGGUGCUGUCUCCAUCCUCUUCUCCACCGGCAGCUUCUCCCUUUCCUCAGACAAGCGCCCUCCAGACUGACUUCCACUGCGAGCCAUGUGACCAGAGCUUCCAGUCCCUGCGUGCCCUGUCCGCCCACCGCCGGACUCACGCCUGCGAGAGGCCCUAUCACUGUGGAGUGUGUGGGCAGGCCUUCGCCCAGAGCGGCCAGCUGGCCCGUCACAUAAGGAGCCAUCACAGAGUGGCUGGAGGUGGAGGAAGUGGAUAUGAGUCGGUGGAGAUGGUCGUGAUGGAGGAGGAUGUGGGGAGGCAGGGGAUGAGAGGGAGGUUUCAAAUGCAGUCAGCUGGAAUAAUGGGAAAGGGAACGGUGGGUGCAGAUGUGAGAGCCCAGGGCCCCUCCGAGCUAGACCUAACCCUGCCCAAACACCCCAUGGGCCUGAUGCUGCUGACCUCGCAGGUUAGACAGUCAGACAGGGAGCUGCUGAGGCUGUACCAACGCCAGAGGGAGGGAGGAGAAGGAGGGGAGGAGGAGGCAGAGGGGCAGGGGGAGCCUCAGCACACCUCACCAUGCGCCAGCCCCUCCGAAGGCUCACUGGAGAGCGGUGAGACAGGGGGCAGUGGUGAAAGCGGCAUCGCCAGUGGCAACUGCACACCCAAACGGCCAGAGCUGGGGGACAGAGUGCGAGGCGUUGGAGAGUGGGAGAAUGAAAGAGGAGAGAUCAUAGAGAGGGAGAAAGAGUGGAGCACGGCCAAAGUCAGCGAGGUUGUGCAUGAGUGGCAGAGAGAGAAUGAGCGUAGGGGUGUAGGAGGAGGUGUCAGCAGCGGAGGAAGCAACAACAGCAGUACUACCACCGGUUCAGCUGGCAAGAAGAAGAAAGACGAAGCCUGUGAGUUCUGUGGUAAACAAUUCAGAAACAGCAGCAACCUGACUGUGCACCGCCGCAGCCACACAGGUGAGCGACCCUACCGCUGUGGCCUCUGCAACUAUGCCUGCGCUCAGAGUUCAAAGUUAACACGUCACAUGAAGACCCACGGUGCCCAGGGAGCAAAGGCUUCCUUUCUGUGCCAGCUGUGCGCAGUGCCCUUCACCGUCUACGCCACUCUGGAGAAACACCUGAAGAAAGUUCACGGCCUGAGCCACGCCAGCGUAGGAGCCUACGCACAGGCCAGCGCUGCAGACACUUUGGCUGCUAUAAAAGCUGAAGAAGAAGCAGUGGUGGUGAAAAUUGAGGAGGACGAAGCCAGUUUGGAUCAGAUAGAAAUGGAGAGCAGAAUUCAGAGCGAUGUGGUGAAAAGCAUGGAGGUGGAGGAGGGGCAAAGCCAAGUGGAGUAUGUGGAGAACAUCCGGAGUCCAGCCAUAGUGGGUGAUCGCCCACCUGAGAGCAACGCAGAAGUGAGCUUAGCUUUGACUUCUGCGCCAUGAGAGCUGUUCUCAUUCACUAAUUGACAUUAAAAUAGCACUGUAUAGGAUUUAACCCCCUCAUUCAAAUUAAAAUAAACCCAUCAUUGAACUGACAGUCAAGUAAAAACUGGAAUCUAGUUUAAAGAAGACUCUAGAAAUCAGUAGGCAGUCCCUGUCCUCUCUGCCAGCACGAAGGCAGCCAUCAGCCACGUUGUUCAUGAUUGUAUGCAAAGCUGCUGGUUGAAACUAAGUGCCUACAGUUCUUUAGACCACAGAGCAAAAACAAGGCCAUGACAUUCAACAGGGAGAUUACCAGAGCUCUUGAACAGGAAGUGAACCCGCCACAGUCCACACCGACACAGGAAACUGAUCACCAUGUUGCAGUGCAGGAUGCAAAAGACGAGUGAUUUAUCUCUCUGGUGACCCACUGGACCAGUGGAGACAGAUAUUAACUGUCAGAUAAUAUAGAGAAGGGAUUAUAUUGAUUUUUUUUUUUUUUUUUUUUUUUUUUAAAAAGCAUAGCAAUAGAAUGAUGUUAAUAUAUUUUCAGCAUCAGCAGAUGGAGAGAGGUCAUAUAGUGCUACCUAGCUGUUGCUGGUUUUGAGAAGACCUUUUAAAGACUAAAGAUGUUUGAACAGACACAGGGGUGAAAUAAAUCCAAACACUGGUCUGCCUGCAGUUUCUCAGACUCCUCUUUUUAAAGGCGCUUGGUUGUCACAACAGUUGUCACUUAACAUAAUGUUUACAGGGCUCACAGGGCCUGGCAAGGUUGUGCUCUUGACUUUGUGACCAUAUGUAUGGAUUUUUUUUUUUUUUUUUUGUUCUAAUUUUAUAAAUGUGAAUAAGGAGACUUUCAAGUUUCUUCUACUGAUGUUUUUUUUUCAUGAUUAGUUUCUAUGCAUAAAAAAACUGCAAUUUUACCUACAUGUGAAACGGGUGUGUAUUAUUUUUCUCUAUUUGUACUUAUUGUGAUGGUAAUUUCUCUCUUUCACUGUUUACAUUUGUAAAGUGCCGGACUGCUUGAAGCCUGUGCAUGUUCUCCAGCCAUCUGAAACUGUUCUUUUUUUUUUCUUUUUCUUUGUUGCUUGUGUUUGAAUUAUUCCUAAUUUAUGAAUGUUGCAUGUUGGUGGUUGUGAAAAAGUCUGUUCCACUGCUGAACUAUGAGGUUGAGAGGGUGCAGGAGUAGCUAGUUGAUUGGUGGAGUUUUGUGGGAAGCGAGCACUUGGGUGAGUGAGUUUGUGUGUGUGUGUGUGUGUGUGUGUGUGUGUGUGUGUGUGUGUGUGUGUGUAUGUGAAUGUUUUUGUCUGUAAAUAUAUUGGGAAAACAUCCUCAGGUGACGCCUCUACUUGACCUCUGUCCUGUGAUCUUGUGUCCACAGCAUGACUCGGCUGGUCGUAAUUGUCGUGUCGUGCUUCUGAAGGGUCGUCAUGUGUCAACAAUGAGGAUUUAAGUUCAGAAAUACAACUCGAGCACGAGAAAAAAUCUGUUCAUUUAACAAAGAUACAGGACAAAGUUGUCAAGUAGAGUGCUGCCAUCUCUGUCGUGACUACUGUGUUACCAUAUCUGACUUCUACUUGCAUUCAUGUCAGGGAAAACAAAUGUGUGUUGUGUAAUAAAUGAUCAUGAAUGAGUGCAGUGUAACUGUUCAGGGAUAAUAUUUUGUACAUAGAUUGACAUUCUUGCUGUUGCUCUACUUAUUAUUGUUAUUAUUAUUAUUAUUAUUAUUAAUAUUAACUGCCUCCACUUUUCCUAGCAUCGUCUCCUUUACGCUGAACACUGGCUAUUGUGAAGCUAUACCGAUCCGCUGUCUUUGUAAACUCGACACCAUUUUGUAAUUGAGGAGCCUCAAUAAAGAAUUGAGGUGAAA